AUGUCCCCCGCUCAGCCCGUCGAUCAGGACUACAAGUCCAACCUUCUGUCUUUGCUCAUAGCCAACAAUGCUCUUGCAUUCGGAACAUACACAUUGAAGUCUGGUCGCGAGUCGCCGUACUUUCUGACCUCGAGCCGUCUCUAUACUGCGCCUUUGUUGCGCCAGACCUCAGCUGCUUUCGCGAACGUCAUUUCAUCCCCGCCUUUUGUGACAAUAUCCGCCGAUGGCAGCAUCACGCCAAUUUUUGACAUUGUAUUUGGCCCGGCUUACAAGGGUAUUCCGGAAUGCGUUGGCGUCGUGACCGAACUCGCUACUCGCGAUGCGCUCGCGGGCACCAAAACAUGGGAUAGCAUCAGCUACUCUUUCAAUCGCAAAGAAGCGAAGGAUCACGGCGAGGGAGGAAAUAUUGUCGGUGCCCCUCUCAAGGGCAAACGUGUCUUGAUCGUCGACGACGUCAUCACCGCUGGCACCGCGCUUCGCGAAGCUGUCGGAAUCAUCAAGAAGGAAGGUGGAACCGUUGCUGGUGUUGUUUUACUGUUCGAUCGUCAAGAGAGAGUCAGCGACACAGAGCAGAAGAGUGCUAUCGGAGCCGCUGAAAGAGAUUUGGGCGGGGAUAUUCCCAUUCGUGCGGUGCUCGUAUUCCAAGAUUUGAUUGACCAGCUGGGAGACAAGAUUGGCAAGGAAGAGAUUCGCAGGCUGGAGGAGUACCGGGAGAAGUAUAAAGCUACAUAA